UAUACAUAUGAAAGCUCCCCGGCCGAGUAAAUUAAGAACUAAAGGCUGCAGAAAAUCGAUCAUCUCCAAAUCAAAUAGUAAGAUCGAAAAUGAUGAUAAGCAGAAGGCAGACGGGAGCGGCAGCAGUGGGGGUUGCAAUUCUGUGCUUCGCACUGCUUAUGAUGCUCACUCCAACAAUUCCUCAGCCUCAAAAGUAUCACGACUAUGCCGACAAACGCAAACUCCUGCCUGGGAUACCGUAUACUCUAAACGUGAUUUCGAAUUUGCCAUUCUUUGCGAUUGGGGUGGCUGGGUUGCUACUGUGCUACCACAGGAACUAUUUCAAGAUAAGCUUGAAAGGGGAGGUAUUGGGAUGGACAUGUUUUUACAUAGGCAUUGCCGCAGUUGCAUUUGGAUCGUCUUACUACCAUCUCAAGCCCAAUGAUGCUACCCUCGUGUGGGACCGCUUGCCCAUGGCUAUUGCAAUGGCGGGUAUCCUUACUAUCUUCGUGAUUGAAAGAGUGGACGACAGGCGGGGAGUCUACUCUCUAAUUCCCUUCGUUUUGGCUAGUGUUGCUUCUGUUUUCUAUUGGAGGUAUUAUGAUGACUUGCGCCCUUAUGCUAUACUGGAGACGGUUCCAAGGGUAGCUGUUGUUUUAAUGGCCAUUGUGGUACCUCCAAGAUAUACACAUUCUUCGUAUUGGUUGUGGGCUGCAGGUUUAUAUAUAACAUAAUUUGAAUUGCCUUUCUUCAUUCCACUCCUUCCACGCUAUUUGUUUCAUCAUAUUUUAUAAAUGUUGUGUACACACACAAUGUUUUAAAAGGUGCUAGGCGCUAGUCGAGCGCUAGCCCAAUGCCUAACGCCUAGGUGGCUAGGCGGGGACUAGUCGGAGACAUAAAAAUUAUAGUUUUUUCAAUAUUUUUGCAUAAAUAUGAUUAGUAAUGUUGUGUUUGUGUGUAUAAAAACACACACAUUGACAUGCAUGAAUGAUAGAGAUAUCACAUGUAAUAAAUUUUAUUAAAUAA